ACUGCGCAUGCGUUACCGGAGAUAAAUAAAGGAAAUUGAGAUUUAUCGACUUAUUUACAAAAUUACCAAUCUUUAUGUUUGUUAAGACCAAAUUAUAUUCAAAAUGUAAAGAACACGUGACAGAGUCAACCCAUUUUAUGUUGAAUUUCCUAAAAGAUCUUGAUAUAUAGAAGAUUUUUAUCUGGCUCCACAUAAGCCGCCAAGCUGUCGUCCGAAGCAUUAGAGCGGGAGUCGUCUUCGACGUCGUCGUUGGAUCACGGCAGGCUGGCAGUCUCCCGUGUUUCAACGCCGCCACCCCCAGAUAUGUCAUGUCCAGUUGCAGAAAACUGGUGUUACACACAGGUGAAAGUAGUGAAGUUUUCAUAUAUCUGGACAAUAAAUAACUUCAGUUUCUGUAGAGAAGAGAUGGGUGAGGUUUUGAAAAGCUCAACAUUCUCUGCUGGAGCCAAUGACAAAUUGAAAUGGUGUCUGAGGGUGAAUCCAAAAGGUUUGGAUGAAGAAAGUAAGGAUUAUCUGUCCUUGUAUUUAUUACUAGUCUCCUGUAACAAGAGUGAAGUACGAGCCAAAUUUAAAUUCUCCAUACUAAAUGCAAAACGAGAGGAAACUAAAGCUAUGGAAAGUCAAAGAGCAUAUAGAUUUGUUCAAGGCAAAGACUGGGGAUUCAAGAAGUUUAUUCGAAGGGAUUUCUUAAUGGACGAUGUGAAUGGAUUGCUUCCAGAUGAUAAAUUAACCAUAUUCUGUGAAGUGAGUGUUGUUGGAGAUACAGUCAAUGUAUCAGGCCAGUCUAACUGUACACCAGUCAAAGUGCCAGAAUGUCGACUAAGUGAAGACAUGGGCAGUUUAUAUGAAAGAACAUCGUUCAGUGAUGUGACAUUAUGUGUUGGAGGCAGAGAAUUUCAGGCUCAUAAAGCCAUUCUAGCAGCAAGGUCUAUGGUAUUUAAUGCAAUGUUUGCCCAUGAAAUGGAAGAAAAGAAACAAAAUCGUGUGGAUAUAGCAGAUGUAGACCAGGAAGUUAUGCGAGAAAUGUUACGCUUUAUUUAUACAGGAAAAGCUCCUAAUUUAGAAAAAAUGGCAGAUGAUCUUUUAGCAGCUGCUGAUAAGUAUGCUUUAGAUCGUUUGAAAGUUAUGUGUGAAGAAGCUCUGUGUUCAAAUCUCACCAUAGAAAAUGUCUGUGAAAUACUGGUGCUGGCAGACCUACAUAGUGCUGAUCAGUUAAAAACUCAUGCCAUUGAUUUCAUAAAUAGUCACGCAACAGAUGUCAUGGAGACACAAGGCUGGAAGACAUUGAUAAUGAGUCACCCACACCUGAUUGCGGAUGCAUUCCGUGCUUUAGCAAGCCAGCAGAGUCCACCAUUGGGCCCACCAAGGAAACGCGUUAAGCAGUCCUAGAACAUUGAGGACCGAUUGUGAUAAAAACGUUGUUUUUGGGCUUUCUUUAUGAAUGUUUUCAUACAUUUAUUUAAAAAAGAAUAGUUAUACGGGGAUCUUGUGCAUUGUUUGAUGUAUAUGGUACUCAUAUGCCAUCAGCUAUAUACUAAGAGCCAAGGAGACAUACAACAUGUACACCAUUCACACCUGUGAUUGCUCUUACUGCAAGAUUAUUGGGUCAAAAUACAUCGGCCAAAAUGUUUUUGAUCUUACAAGUGAACAACAGCUUCUUUUGUUGAGCAUUUUAUACAUCACUGUUAGAGAAAAAAGCAGUGUUCUCCUUCAACAUGUUGUCAAGGUAAUGUGACAUUGUUAUUUGAAUUUAUUAUCACACAUUACUGCCAUGUUGCCAAGGUAUGUAACACAAUAACAUAAAUGUGUCAUCACACAUAUCUACCAUGUUAUCAAGGUAUAUGACAUAACAUUGUGAAUGUCUACCAUGUCAAGUUAUUUGACAGGAUAAUGUGAAUGUCUUGCCAUGUUGUCAAGUUAUGUGACACAAUAAUCUUAAUGUGUCAUCACAUAUAACUACCAUGUUUUUAAGGCAUAUGACAUGAUUAUGUGAAUUUGUCAUCAUGUAACUACUACCAUGUUAUCAAGUUAUAAUGUGAAUUGGUCAUUACACAUAAAUGAAUUUGCACUGAUAUUUGUAAGAUUUUCUAUGUUCUGAGCUAAACUAUGUGUAAGAAGAGCUAUCAUAAUCGCCCAAGUGUAGGCAUGCAUCCAUUUUUGUUAAAGUUUGGUGAACUUUGCAGGUUUUUUUUUUUUUUUUUUUUUUUUUUUCACUCCUUGGCUUCAAAGUUAAAAUAUUUAUUCCUCAUUAUCAUCAGUAUCUUUCCUUUUUAGAAUUUUAGGUAAAAUAGUCUGUGUACAUCCAAUUAAACUGAAAUUACUCAUUUAAAUUCAUUACCCUGUGCCAUGAUGGCGGAGGUGAAUAAAGUAGUACAGUCCGUCCAUCUGUCAGUUUUUUAAGGACGAUACUAUAAACCCAUUGAACGGAGUGUUAUGAAAUUCGACAUAAUGAUAGAUGGCAGUGAUGUGGAAUCUAGGUCAGGUUUGAAAAACUGGGUUGAGGAAUUUUUAGUUGUAUCCCACAUAAAGACCAAAACUAUCCCAGCACAGUUCUUAUUUAUGCUUUUAUGAUGUUAAAGAAUAAAAGAUACAGGCUUGUUUCCAUUAUGAAAAAUUUCAAAGAAUUCCUUUUUUUUUUUUUUAAAUAUGCAGCAUUUCACUAUCCAGCAUCAGAAUAGUUAUGUAUAUUGCUGCCUCUUAUUAUGUCAGUAGCUUUUUGUUUGUUAAAAUCUUAAGAAUGAAAAAGAAUUUUGUUACAAAAGUAGAAAAGCUUAUCAGUGUCGGUAUCAUAUACAGGGUUUUUUAAAUAUCUCCCAAUGUGUGAAGGGAUGGACUUGAUUUUGUUGUCUGUCUUACUGUUUGUCAUUAAAGUUUGUCAGAAAUACUCGCCUUUAACUUCUGGUUGGAUUUCAAACAGACUUGGUAGGAAAGUGCUAUAAAUGCUAAUUUGGUAUACUAUCAGUAUUUUCAAAUGAAUGAUUUGUUGCCAGUUAUAGCCAGUUGCCAGUUAUUAAGUCAGUUUAUCACAAGUAUAUUUAUAUUUUCCCAAACAAUAAAAUUGUUGCAUUAUUUAACAUUUGAACAUGUCCGUCCUCUAUUUUGACCAGCUAUUAUGCAUUCACUCUUGCAGUAUGGGAUGUUGUACUUUGGGAACACAAGAGCUAAAAAAAUCAAUUUCUACCUCUAAACCACUGUUCUGAUUUUGAAAUAAUUUCAAAGGAAUUUUCAUUAAGUUAACAUUUACCAAGAUUUUUCAAAUUAUACUGAUUUAUCAAAAAACAUGGCCACUAAGGUUUGUGGUCACCUUUAUCUAUACAAUGGAAACUUUGAAAAUCCUUGCAGAAAUGGCCUGCUUAAGUUUAAAAGUAUUUCAGACAAAUGACUCUUGAGUAUUUUACCAAGAUUGUUCAAAUUAUUCUGAUUCUUUAAAAAAACAACAAUGCCCCCAGCAGGCAUGGUCAUGUUGCCCUGUAUGUAUGUAGUAUAAACAUGAAAAAUUUUCUUGUCAGAAACUUGUAGCCCAGUUUAAAAGCAAUUUACACAAAUACUCGUUUUGGUGAACCUUUUUUGAAAAUCAUUUAAUUUUACAAAUCUGCCAUAAAACAUGGCCACCAGAGCUAAAACUUUAAAAAUCUUCAGAUUACAUCUUGCUAGCACUGGAGGGGACUAUAGGAAUGCCCUCCGUCCAUCCGCCAAUCUGGAUCCUGCAAUUAACUCAAAAAGUAUUCAAGCUAGAUUCAUAAAACGUAUAUAUUUGUAUGUGAAUAGAGGGCAAUAUACAGAUUAUUCAUGUAUAUGAUUUAUGCUUGUAGGUCAAAGGUCAAUAUUGAAGGUCAAGUAAAAAAUUUUUUUGCUUCAUAACUUUUAUAUGCAUUGAUGGGUUAUCUUAGUGCUACACAGAAAUAUUCCCCAUGAUGAGACAAUGUGUGAACACAUGACUUAUGCUUGUCGGUCAAAGGUCAAGGUCACUUUUGAAAGUUUUCCACCGGUAGGGGACUACUGUAUUGCCACUGCAAUACUUGAUAACUUGUUUGAUUUUAAAAUAAUUUCACAGAAUUGUCCCCUGGCAGACCCUGUACCAAGAUCGUUCAGAUUAAUCUGUUUUGUCAAAAAAUGUUGUCUUCUAGUUAUUCCUGUUUUAACUUUGAAUUAUCAUGGCCUUCUUGUGUGAGACUGUGUAAAGUUAUACAACAUCAACUUAAAAAUACUGUGAAUGGGAAUAUUCCUGUAAAGGGGCAGAUUAAGAUGUUUAUCAGUGUUUUGCUACAUAAAAAAAAAUAUGUAUUUAUUUUGUUGAAGUGUGAUUAUUUUUCAUUGUCCUUUAAUUCUUUCCUUGCAUAUAUUUAUUAAGUUACGAUUUAAGUGUGAUUCAUAUUGUUUUAAAUGAAGGAUAUAUUUGUGGAGUUACACCAGAGCUGUGACAAUUUAAAAUAUCAUGAUAGUGAGAGAGAAAUGUCAAAAUGCAAUAUUAUUCUUCCAGUUUUAGGCUCUUGCAAUUAGAAAAGCAAGAGCGAAGUACUAUAAAAUGCUAGAUAUUAUUAUGUAUUAUUAUUCCCCAUCUUUGAAAAAGAGAUGGGCUAUUUUUUGCUCGUGUCUGUCGGGUUGGUCCAUCUGUAGACAUAGGAUUAAUGAAUAACCAGAGAAGGCUUUGGCUGUUGUAGGUCAGACUUCAUAUGAAGAUUGCCUUUGAUAGUAGGUGACCCCUACUUUUAGGGGGUCAGUAGGUCACAGCAGUUUUGAAACUAAAAAUUACAUACCGUGCUACUUGUGACAGGCCAUCGUGAGGGGCAUUUGUGUUGCACAAACAGGUUUUGAUUAUUGACAUUAUUAUUUCUUUUUCAACAUCAAUAUUUUUAAUGUUACGUUUUCUUGUUAAACGAGCUUUUUUACAUUUUGCUAAGUUGCAGCUUAUGUUUUGAUAUUUUGCAAUUUUUCAGUGAUUUAUUUAUAAAAAAAAAAUCUUUUCAUGAUGCUUGAAAUUUAUGAAUUUUUUUAAUUGACAUUAUCUAUUGCAAUUUGGUAUGAAUUAAAAAGGUGGAGAUGUUAUAUCAUAUCCUAGAUAGGUUUGUUAGUUUCCUGGGUUUUCUAUGUCCUUUUUGGCAAAACAAAUCACUAAAAGUAAAAUAGUAAAUACAAAUAUUGUCUAAAUGCCUGCAUAAGACAUUUCUGCAUUGAUUUAAACAGGAAAUAAAUCAUUAAAACUAAAGAUGUGUUUUUAGGAUGCCUGUUGAAAUGUAAUAGUGUGAUGCAUGUUUACUUUAAAGUUUGUAUUUUGAUAGGAUAGUUAAUUUUAGCUACAGGAAGAGGACACCAUUUAAUUGUUGUUGUUUAUAUAUAUUUCUAGAAAAUAUAACACUUCCACUUGCAAUUUAAUGAAACAGUGAAAAGCAAACUAUCUUUCACCACAAUAUCUUGAAAUUUGAGCCACUUGAGGUAGCAUGAUUUUGGAACCCAAUGUGACAUAUUUUAAUGUGUUUGUUGUCUAGAUCAGUACCAGAAGUUGCUCACCAAAAAGUCAGCUGGUGUGGUUUUGAAAUAACAUCACUGACAUGGUUUAAAAAUGCAUUCCUCUCCAUUCUGCAAUAGAUGCUCCAUACCAAAAAUAGAGAAGAGUUUGCCUUCUAAUAACAGGUCACAUUAUUACUGUGUAAAAUGUUACCCAAAAAAAAAAACACCAUUUUUUAACAGAGGAUUCUGAUAGUGACAAUGACCGCAAAUAUAACGUCUUUGAAAAGAAUACUUGGCAUCAGAAAUAUCUUACUUCUAUCUUAAAUCACAGCGUUUUUUUUGCUCAGAAUAAUUGAUUUUUGUAUUGAUUACAGGUUUUCUAUCACAAAACAUGAUUUGUAUUUUAUUUCUUUCUAAAUAACUAGCUUAGAUGUUGCCCAUGUCUGGAUAAAAAAAAACCUGACUAGACUAUAUAUUUAAUGUGCCCCUUGAAAGAAGAGUGUUUUUUGGGGUUUUUAUUUGUUCUCGGUCAGUAGGUCAUUCUAUUGACUGGCCGUGUGGUUUCCAACCAGUAACUAAAGUACACUUUGGCCUACAGUGUCAGACUUUGUAGGAAUGCAGCAACAUAAUAAUCAUCUCUUCCAAAGAAUCAUUAAUGAACUUGUGAAUACCCUUUAUCCAAACUUAUUACAUAGUUUAUCAGUGAAUUUUUGACAUACACAGAAAUGGUUUUGAAAAAUAUCAAAUAUGGGUGAAAAAAAAUCAGUUAAAACCAUUGAAAAGCAUGCAGUAACAGGAAAAUUUGUUUGUUUUAUUUUUAAGAUCAAAUAAUGUCUUUCACUCAUGAACACUAGAUCCUUCUCAUGAAAAUAUUGCAGCAUGUACAUUUUUGUACUAUCAAGAAAAUUUGUUUGUUUUCGAUGUUUAAUUCAAUUUGAAAUUUGUUUGUAUUGUUUCAAGAGUGCUGCCCUAUUUCUGCAACCGUUGCUGUAUGUACACCUGAAUCAUUUUCCUUUGACAUAGAUUAAGGAUAGAAUUUCUGUUGUGAAAUUUAACUUCAUUGUAAAAAAUUAUGAACUUACUGUUGAGCAAACAGACAUAUGUUUAUGUUACUAUUUGUGGUACUUGUUCUAGGGCUUUUCAUCAGGAAAUUGGGAAGAGGCCUUGGCCUUUCAAACUGGGAAAUUUAUGCAAGAUUAUUGUCCAUUUUGGGAAAAAUAGUCAACCGGAGACUAAUUAAAUUUAUCUCCCCUGAAACAUGGACUAAAAUCCAGGCCAUGGAACAUAACAGAUUAGACUGGUAAUGCGUCACACUGGUUCUGUGCACUGUUAGGCUAUAGUGCGACAAAAAUAGAUACCAGACAAACACUUCCUCUGGAAAUAUUAAAAUGUAAACAAAAUCUUAACCAUCUGUUGGCAUGAUUUUGGGAAAUCUUGCCAUGCAUUUUUGGAAUUAUCUCUGCUACAGUUGGGAAAAUAUAGUAUAUUUUGGAUUGGGAAGUGACCUAAUAUAGGCCUCUGUUAUAUAAGGAUGAAAAGCCCUGUCUUCACACUCAAAUGUAAUUCAACUACAAAAACAAAUUCCUGGAUGCACUUUUUCAUUUAUAUAAAUGUCAGACAAAAUGAUAUCCUUUAUUGCAGAAUAGACUACAAAAUUGCUUUUCACCUUUAUGGUAACUUAUUAUGUUGUUGUCAGAAUAUUGAAUGAAAUUGCCUCCAUUUAUUUCUUGCAUUAAAGUUUGACAUUUCUCAGAGGUCGUGUCGAGAAGGGUUUUUAGCAUUUGUAUUUGUGUAGUGUCAAGUGCUGUUUUGAUGGUAUUGUGUAUGAACAAGCAUGAAGAUUUGUUUAUAAGAAGAAUCAAAUAGAUGAUCAAAUGAUAGUGAUUUUUUGGACAGAUUCUGUACUAAACGGUGUUUGUACAUAGAAUUUUAUGAGAAACAUAAGUGCGGUAAGUAGUAAUGACAUUAAAUUGAAGAGAUUUUGAUUGGGAUUUUACAAAAUGUGGAUGUAGAUUUAGCAUUUUUUUUUUUUUCCAUGCUGGUUGAUAAUGAGGAUUUUUUAGAUCAAGUCUUAAUCUGGUUUCAGUAAACUUGUUAUUGGUAUGAUCUUUACACAUUAUGUAUACAAUGUACAUGUAUUUGCACACAGUUUUCCAGAAUACAUGGAGGUAAUGCAGUGAUUUUUUAAGCACAAUGUACAGAUCAAAUUUUGACUCCAUUUGGCAAGAUUUUAGUGUAGACUCGUAGAUUUUACAUACUUGCGCCUUUCUUUCAGUUUAUGCCAUACAGACAUUAAUGCUUGUAACCAAUUUUGUCAAGGAAACAUACUGUUAAAAGAGAGCACUUUUACUGUUAUUAGCUCUCCUGAACUUUAUUCAGGUUGAGAUAUUAGUAUAGGUUGAUGGUCCAUAUCUGUCAUACAUGGUCCAACGUCAACAGUUCUACUUAAACACAUUUUCUGAAACUUCUGGUGAGAAUUAUACCAAACUUGAUUUGAAGCAUCGUGGCUUGGACCUCUCAGUUUUUCACAUAUGGUUCUGCUUGGCCCCCUUAGGGGCCACCAGAGCUAAAAAUAGUAAAACCUUUUAUUGAUUUCUUCUCAUGAACCACUUAACGAGUCUUCACCAAAUUUGGUCUGUACCAUCUGUUUAAUUUAUUCAGAUAGCACAGUCCUAUUACGUGGCCACCAGAGUUAAAAAUAGGAAAACCUUAUAACAGCUUUUCAUGAACCAGUUGAUGGAUCUUCAACUUGGUAGCAUGUUUUAUGUACUUCUCUCAGGUUUGUUAAUACAGUUCUGCUUGACCACUUUUAGGGGCUGCCAAGCAAUAAGUAGAAAACCUUCCAACAAUAUGUCUUGAACUGCGUGAUGGAUCAUCAUCAAACUUGUAUGGGCCACCAGAACUAAUAGUAGAAAAACCUUUCAUUAACUUCUUCCAGUGGUAAUAAUCUUCACCAAACUUGUUACAUAGCAUAUUUGCAUAUAGACCUGUCUCUCUUUUAUUCAGAUGAGUUGGCUUAUUAAGAACUGCCAGAGCUACAAAUAGAGAAAAAAACACUUUUUCUCAUAAUCCACUUAAAAUAUUUUCAGUAAACUUUGCCUGUAGUAUCCUAGAAUGGAUCUUUCUCAAAUUUAUUUACAUGUUUCUGCUUGACUGAAGGUUGGGGCUGUUGCAGCUAAAAUAGAAGAAUCUUUUAAACAAUAUGAUGGAUAAAACUUAAUCAGUUGCACCGUUAGUUGGACCACACUUAAGUUUGCUGUAAUGGUUACGCAGUUUGUGGCCAUCACAAAACGUUCAAAAGGUUAAAUCCUUAGGUGAGUGACUUAGCCUCUUAUGUUUUUUGUUGUUUGAUUUGAAAAUUACCAUUAUGCAUACACCAAUUAAUGUAAUAGCAGUGCUAGUCAAAGAUGUUUUUUACUUUUUUUUAGAUUCUUAACAAAACUCUGUACCACUAACAUUCUGUGUACUUAUUACCAGUUAUCUUCCCUCUUCUAUACUUAGUACAUGUACUUUAUUCCAUGUAAAAUCUGCUGUAGAUAAGAAAAAAUAGGAUUCCUGUAAAAUUCUCUUGUUUUUUUUCCAUAUGUUUCUUCUUCUGAUAAUUCUUGUCUUAAUAUGUUUAUGCAUGAGUAAUGUAAUGUGAAAAUGGUAAAUUCUUUAGUUUUUUUAAAAAAAAUUCUAACACAUUGGGCAGACAUAUGUGGGCUUUUAGCACUUAUGUUGGCUCUUAAAAAAUUGUCCUUUGUUAGAUUUUAUAGUUAACCUUUUUGCUUGAAUGUUAUUUUGACUUUCUAAGACAGUUUACAGUUCUGUUUAUUUUGAUGUAACAUAAUCGCCAACUAUCUUGCUUGAUGGAAAGCCAACAUGAUUUGAUCACAAGUAAGUUUUUCAUCCACUCAAAAAGAAUUUGAAAUGUGAGUGAAGCUGUCAAAUUUGGAGUAUCUUGUUUGUACCAGUAACAGUAUAUGUGAAAGCAGAAUGUUUCAGUAAAUGAAGCAUGUAAUUUUCAUCUUUGGUCCACCACACUUAACACAUGAUGAUGUUAUGAAAAGGGAAGGUACUUGAUUUGUUUUUGUUGGAAUUAUCAUCCAGUUGACACAACCAUAGGUCAUAAAGCAGCUGUCCAGCAUUUGAAGGUAGAGGAAGACUGCAGGUGCCCCUCCCGGCAUUACUACAGGCACCUUGGUAGAACCACUGACCUUUGGUUAGCUAGCUGGAUGGCACCCUUAUAUGAUAGAAUUCUAUUCCCUAAGCAAGGUUAAGAACCCACAGCCGUGAGGGGCAAGUGACAAGCCACUGAGGCCUGGGGAAUUGAGUAUUAAGUUUCAAGUUAUUUCUGUGUAGGCUUAAACUUGUUAGAAUCUCAGUUUGUUUGUGAUAAUAUAAUUCUGAAGGAGAAAAAUUGCACACUUACUUGUUUGUUGCCAGUUGUUACAGUUAUCCUUUAGUAAUCUAAAAAAAAAAAAAAAUCUUACAAUCCGAUGUAAAGUUGUCAGUAGUCAAGAAGUUUUGAUAAAGUUGCUUUUUUAUAUCAACAUGGUAUAUAGACACACUGGCAUACAACAUACCUUAUAUAUUACAUACAAGGCAGUUUAAAUACUUCUAACAUUUACACACAAUCAUAAGUAUAUAUAUAUACUGGUUAAGUUGUAGGGUUGAAAUAAUUUUUUUAUUGUCAAUUUCAGUCUGUACAUUCUCCAGUUUUACUUCCAUAGAAAUGUCUUCAAGUUGCAGAUGAAACACUUAAUUUUUUUUACCCUGACCUGAUUUUAUUCCACUGGGUGGAAAAGAAAAAAAUAUAAUAAUUGUAUGAAAAUAGUUUGCUGAUCAUGUUCUUUGUUGCUGUUCAUGUAUUGUUUACAUUUUGAGUGAGAAAAUUGUAUAAAUAAAUCUGUCUAUGUUGUUAAUAUCCCAACUUUCUAAUUGUAGCUAGGUUAUUUAUAUUGUUAAAUCACUCUCUGACAAGUGACAUGUCUUAAGGAUUGGAUGUAUUACACUGUACACUUUAUCUAUGUAAAUACUAUUAAAAUGUGUAAAUCCUU